AUGCCGCGCGCGCCCCGGUGCAAAGGCGUGCGCGCCCUGCUGCGUAGCCGCUACCGCGAGGUGCUGCCGCUGGCGACGUUCGUGCGGCGCCUGGGGCCCGAGGGCCGGCGGCUGGUGCAGCGCGGGGACCCGGCGGCCUUCCGCGCGCUGGUGGCCCAGUGCCUGGUGUGCGUGCCCUGGGGCGCGCGGGCGCCCUCCUCCGCCCCCUCCUUCCGCCAGGUGUCCUGCCUCAAGGAGCUGGUGGCCAGGGUCGUGCAGAGGCUCUGCGAGCGCGGCGCCAGGAACGUGCUGGCCUUCGGCUUCGCGCUGCUGGACGGGGCCCGUGGCGGGCCGCCGGUGGCCUUCACGACCAGCGUGCGCAGCUACCUGCCCAACACCGUGACCGAGACACUGCGCGGCAGCGGCGCUUGGGGGCUGCUGCUGCGCCGCGUGGGCGACGACGUUCUCGUUCACCUGCUGGCGCGCUGCGCGCUCUACCUGCUGGUGGCUCCGAGCUGCGCCUACCAGGUGUGCGGGCCGCCUCUGUACGAGCUCUGUGCUGCGACGGAGGCCCGGCCUGGUGCGUCCCCCAGACAUCGGCCCACGCGACACUUGGGCCAGACGCAAACGGGCCCAAGAUCAACGCGCCGGACUCGGAACAGCAGCGAUGGCGAGGCCGGGGUAUCCCUGCGCCUGCCGGACCAGGGUGCCAGGCGCCGUCCUAGCAGCGCUGGCAGAAGUCCUUCCGCCAAGAGGCGCAGGUGUGAACCGGGCCGUGAGCUGCAACGGGGGCCCGAUGGGGAGGCGUCCCUGGCCCACUCAGGCACUGCGCGUGGGCCUAGUAACCACGAUCCCCACGCCGUGGCACCCGCCACAACCGCCAUGGAAGCCACGUCCUCAGAGGGCGAGCGGUCCGGGACACGUGGCUCCUACCCAUCCGUGAGCCCCGCGCACCAGGCGGGCGCCCCACCCACACCGCGGCCCGCGGGUGCACCUGGUCCCCGAAUGUACGCGGAGACCAAGCACUUCCUCUAUUGCGCGGGAGACAGGGAGCGGCUGCGGCCCUCCUUCCUGCUCAGCUCCCUGCGGCCCAGCCUGACCGGCGCCCGCGCACUUGUGGAGACCAUCUUUCUAGGCUCAACGCCCCGGCGGGCAGGGGUGCCCGGCAGGCCGCGCCGCCUGUCCCCGCGCUAUUGGCACAUGCGGCCCCUAUUCCGCGAGCUGCUGGGGAACCACGCCCGGUGCCCCUACGCUGCGCUCCUCAGGACGCACUGCCCAGUGCGCGCGGCGGCCAGCCGGGCUGCAGGUGCCUGCGCCCCCGAGGACGACGCGGGCCCGCGGCGCCUGGUGCGGCUGCUUCGCCAGCACAACAGCCCCUGGCAGGUGUACGCGUUCCUGCGGGCCUGUCUGCGCCGCCUGGUGCCCGCCCGUCUCUGGGGCUCCAGGCACAACGAGCGCCGGUUCUUGAGGAACACGAAGAAGUUCGUGUCUCUGGGGAGGCGCGCCAGGCUCUCCCGGCAGGAGCUGACCUGGCGGAUGAGAGUGCAGGACUGCGCUUGGCUUCGUAGCCGCCCAGGGGGCCGCGUGCCAGCCGCGGAGCACCGGCGGAGGGAGGAGGUCCUGGCCAGGUUCCUGCUCUGGCUGAUGGGCGUGUACGUGGUGGAGCUGCUCCGGUCCUUCUUCUACGUCACGGAGACCACGUUCCAGAAGAACAGGCUCUUCUUCUACCGCAAGAGUGUCUGGAGCCAGUUGCAGAGCAUUGGCGUCAGACAGCACUUGGAGCGGGUGCAGCUGCGGGAGCUGUCCGGAGCGGAGCUCAGGCAGCGUCGGGAAGCCGGGCCGGCCCUGCCCACGUCCAGACUCCGCUUCAUCCCCAAGCCCAGCGGGCUGCGGCCAAUCGUGAACAUGGACUACGUCAUGGGCGCCAGAACGUUCCGCAGGGCGACGAGGGCUCAGCCUUUUAACGCGAGCGUCAAGACCCUGUUCAGCGUGCUCAACUACGAGCGCAUGCGGCGCCCCGGCCUCCUGGGGGCCUCCGUGCUGGGCAUGGACGACAUCUACAGGGCCUGGCGGGCCUUCGCGCUGCGUGUGCGGGCCCAGGACGCGGCGCCCAGGCUGUACUUCGUCAAGGUGGACGUGACGGGGGCGUACGACGCCAUCCCCCAGGGCAGGCUUGCAGAGGUGGUCGCCAGCGUCAUCAGGCCCCAGGAGAACACCUACUGUGUGCGCCGCUACGCCGUGGUCCGGAGGACGGCCCACGGGCACGUCCGCAAGUCCUUCAAGAGACACGUCUCCACCUUCGAGGACCUCCAGCCGUACAUGCGACAGUUCGUGGAGCACCUGCAGGAGACAAGCUCGCUGAGGGACGCCGUGGUCAUUGAGCAGAGCUCCUCCCUGAACGAGGCCGGCCGCAGCCUUUUCGACUUCUUCCUGCUCUUUGUGCGCAGCAACGUCGUCAGGGUCGGGGGCAGGUGCUACGUGCAGUGCCAGGGCAUCCCGCAGGGCUCCGUGCUGUCCACGCUGCUCUGCAGCCUGUGCUACGGGGACAUGGAGAAGAGGCUGUUCCCCGGGAUUCAGCGGGACGGGCUGCUCCUGCGCUUGGUCGACGAUUUCCUGCUGGUCACGCCUCACCUGGCGCACGCGAAAGCCUUCCUCAGGACCCUGGUCAGAGGUGUCCCUGAGUACGGCUGCGUGGUGAACUUGGAGAAGACGGUGGUGAACUUCCCCGUGGACGAUGCUGCCCUGGGUGGCGCGGCCUUCGUCCAGCUGCCAGCCCACUGCCUGUUUCCCUGGUGCGGCUUGCUGCUGGACACCCGGACCCUGGAGGUGUUCAGCGACUACUCCAGCUUCGCCCGGACGUCCGUCAGAGCCAGUCUCACCUUCAGCCCUGGCUUCAAGGCCGGCAGGAACAUGCGUCGCAAACUCUUCGGGGUCUUGCGGCUGAAGUGCCACGGUCUUUUUCUGGACUUGCAGGUGAACAGUCUCCGGACGGUUUGCAUAAACGUCUACAAGAUCUUCCUGCUGCAGGCCUACAGGUUCCACGCUUGUGUGCUGCAGCUUCCGUUUAACCAGCAAGUUCGGAAGAAUCCCACGUUUUUCCUGCGCAUCAUCUCGGACACGGCCUCCCGCUGCCACUCCAUCCUGAGAGCCAAGAACGCAGGGACAUUGCUGGGGGCCAAGGGUGCCUCCGGCCCCCUCCCCUGCGAGGCCGUGCAGUGGCUCUGCCAGCGCGCCUUCCUGCGCAAGCUGGCUCGGCACCGUGUCACCUACAGGUGUCUCCUGGGGACGCUCAGGACAGCCCAGGCACGAGUGCAGCGGAAACUCCCCAGGGCGACGCUGGCCACCCUGGAGGCCGCGGCCGACCCAGCUUUGACCACGGACUUCAAGACCAUCUUGGACUGA